AUGUCGUUAUCUCAAGUUGCGGCGCCUACGCAAGCCCCUGCCGUUCUGACAGCGGAUGGCUUCGACCCAGAGACUUUCGACCCUCUAGUCCCACGUAUAACGCAGCAAGCCAUCACGCGUUCGCCUAUCCUGCUACCCUGGCAGCCCCGCAUUAUGCCACUAGGCAUGUUCUUUCGGUCCAAUAUGGCAGAAACCGCUCACAAUCCCUUCGCGCCCGAGACGGCGUUCAGCCAAGAGUCUUUGGAAUUAACACGGAUCAUUUUCACGGCAAAUGAUGGAAGCUGCAGUUUUAGGUCCUCCGAAGCCUUUAGUUCUUCGUCUUCCAUGGAUCAUUUGAGCGUUUCUCUAGGUGCAAGCAUUGAUAUGACUUGCCUUGAAGCCAGCGUCUCAAUGCACUAUGAUAAAGAUGUUAUGGAUAACAAAGACUCAAACAAAGCUUCGGUUACAACAAGCUAUCGUGCGGGAUCCGUCAAAUAUUCACGAUCUCCUGAGUUAUCAGAAGCAUCAUUCAAAAUUCUAACUAGGCAGGGUUUGGAGGCUUUCAAGUCUGUUUACGGCGACUACUACGUGGGUGGAUACCGCAUUGGAGGAGAUACGGCUGUCCUCUUCAGUACGGACCAGAGCUCUCAUUCGGAAAGGGAAAAAGAGACUGUCCAAAUAAAGGUGGAAUCAUGGUUGGGCGACUACGACGACAACUGGUCCACAAGCUCGACAAGUUCAUCCAGCUCUGCCGUUGUUCGUGUCAGUGCAUUUUCAACACUGGAGCAGUUGAUUGUUGCCAAGACGGUACAGACGGGGACCCCGGAGUUCCAGGCCGCUAUCCAACAGGGUAGGGCCAUCCACAAGCGAGCGCAGGGGUUGGAGGAUGGCGUGGCCAAGGUAUUGGAUGAAGUUGGGGUGCGGCACGGAAAGAUGGUCACGCCUCGACAAUGUACCCAGCUUUGUCAACGUGCCGUUGUCGUUGAGCUGCAGCUGGUGCCUAUCGAGUGUCUUCGUCAGGUUCGUUUUUGGACUACGCUUUAG